AUGGAUUCUCUACACAUGAUCAUACGAAAACCUAUAGUUAUUACCUUGGUUGUUAUCGGAACAUGGAUCAUUUUGUUCUAUCACUAUCAUGAUAUACCAAUGCAAUACUACCGCGAGUAUACUUCGGAUGUCCCAUUAGUGGUUGUCAACACACAAAAUGGCGAACCGCAAACUGGUUUCUUCAAGUUCCAACCUGAGUGGGAUUUCAAAGUCCCAACUAUUGCAAAGGGAUGGGAUGGAUAUGCUAGAGUUCCACGGAAUAGAGAUGUAGUCGUUCUUACAGCUAGCGAUGGCGGGGGACACAAUAGCGCAAUCAAGGAUAUCCUUGAGCGCGUGAUCGAUGACCGCAAACAUUACUGUGAGAAGCAUGGCUACACUCACCUCUGGUUGAACACUAGCCGGUACGAUGUUGGAGAUGCUCACAGAACGUGGUCAAAGAUUCCUGCUGUCGCUGAAGCGUUCUACCUUCAUCCUGCUGCCGAGUGGGUGUGGCUGAUUGAUACCGAUAUCAUCUUGAUGAACCCAGAAUAUGAUCUCGUGGAGCAAAUCCUUUGUCCCGAUGCUAUAAGAAGGAACGUAAUGCGCGACACACCAAUUCUUGAUGGGCAAUUGAAGGACAAGCCGACUCAUAUACGUACGCCCAAGGAUCCCCGCAUCGAAAAUAUGGAUAUUCUCAUUACACAAGACCAUGCCUCGGUCAAUACUGGCUCGGUAUUCUUCCGCCGAUCUGCAUUCACGCGCUGGAUCCUAGAAAUGAUGACAGAUUAUACCAUGCUUAUGGGACUAGAGCAUUCUGGCGCGGAGCAAGAUGCUCUUAAACAUCUGAUGCUGGAGCAUCAACUUGUGCGAGAUCAUGUAGCGAUUUUCCCGCAGCGCAAGUUCAAUGCAUUUGUCCAGGGUGGCGACAAGAUGGGCUGGCGUGAUGGAGAUCUUCUAGUUCACCUUGCCGGAUGCUGGGUCAAUAAGCAUUGUGGCGAGUGGUUUGAACAGUUCUGGUCGAGGCGUGGCCAGCUUUGGAAACCCGAGAAGGACCCACCACAGGGAGCCUAAAUUGUCCUCAUCAAAAGCAAGGUCGUCUACAUUUCAUCGUCGCUGUUGUGAUUCCAUAGCUGGCCAUUUUGGAGUUCGAUUUGAACCGAAGCGGGCGAUUCCUGGUAGAGUUGCACUGCUGAUUGGGUGUACUGGACUGUGAUGGCGUUUUUAGGCAAGGCGGAUCUUCAUAUGAG